AUGAUCCUAGUGUGGUACCUGAGCCUGAUGAUCCUAGUGUGGUACCCGAGCCUGAUGAUCCUAGUGUGGUACCUGAGCCUGAUGAUCCCAGUGUGGUACCUGAGCCUGAUGAUCCCAUUGUGGUGCCUGAGCCUGAUGAUCCCAGUGUGGUACCUGAGCCUGAUGAUCCCAGUGUGGUACCUGAGCCUGAUGAUCCCAGUGUGGUACCUGAGCCUGAUGAUCCUAGUGUGGUACCUGAGCCUGAUGAUCCUAGUGUGGUACCUGAGCCUGAUGGCCCUAAUGUGGUACCUGAGCCUGAUGAUCCCAGUGUGGUACCUGAGCCUGAUGAUCCUAGUGUGGUACCUGAGCCUGAUGGCCCUAAUGUGGUACCUGAGCCUGAUGAUCCCAGUGUGGUACCUGAGCCUGAUGAUCCCAGUGUGGUACCUGAGCCUGAUGAUCCUAGUGUGGUACCUGAGCCUGAUGAUCCCAGUGUGGUACCUGACCCUGAUGAUCCCAGUGUGGUACCUGAGCCUGAUGAUCCCAGUGUGGUACCUGAGCCUGAUGAUCCUAGUGUGGUACCUGAGCCUGAUGAUCCCAGUGUGGUACCUGAGCCUGAUGAUCCCAGUGUGGUACCUGAGCCUGAUGGCCCUAGUGUGGUACCUGAGCCUGAUGAUCCUAGUGUGGUACCUGAGCCUGAUGAUCCCAGUGUGGUACCUGAGCCUGAUGGCCCUAGUGUGUGUUCCUAGCGUAGUACCUGAGCCUGAUGGUCCCAGUGUGGUACCUGAGCCUGAUGAUCCCAGUGUGGUAUCUGAGCUUGAUGGCCCUAGUGUGUGUUCCUAG